CCACCAUAUAAUCAAACCAGAUCAAGUCCCACCCACUCUUCAAUUCUAACAGUCCAUAAUUAUCUUCUCCUGCACCACCAAAUUCUGGUUUCUAAACCUUAUUCGAGUAUUUCAUCUCCAUUUUGAGCUGCAAUUUUUGUGGUCGCAAUAAUUCAUACUUGUUUUUGGAGGGUUGAGUGAGUAGUUGCAGGUAUUUACCAGCAGCCUUGAAAUAAGUAUUAAAAAUCCAGAGAUACCAUUGGAUAAACUGCCAAAUGUUGGACAGAGAGAGGGGAAAAGCUGUAGAAUUUGUGAAAUGAAACAAAAGAGGGCCUAGGGCAAUCCGAAUAACUCGUUUAUACGCCGCGUAUCUCUCACAUCCUUAUCCUCUCAAUCUUGUUGAUUUUCUUCACGCACAACCAGUUUUGUCUCGUCUCUCUGUUUCUGUUCUGCAAAACCCAUAACUAAAUAAUAAUUGUUCUGAUCCUUUUUUAUAUCUUGAGACUUAUCCAGUUUUUCUCUAUAAUAAUUCCUCUUUUCCUUUUCUUCUAUCUUUUUUCUUUUGAACCCUCGAGUCAUCGUUGUGUCUAAAAGCAAAAUCUUUGUUCGAUUGAAUCAAGGGUUCUUUUCCUUUUUCUUUUCGUGAUUUUUGGAAACUUAUUUUUGUGAUUCUAUUAUGGCUUUGAUUUCGGCUUUCCUUGAGAUUUUUCAAAGACCCACAAUUGGAGAUAUGACGAUUGAGCUGAUGGUAUUCAUGGCUCCUAUCUGGAUAGCUGUUUUUGUUGGAGUUUUGGUGGGGUGGGCCUGGAAGCCCAAAUGGGCUAGUCUGAAGGUGGAUCUUAUUGAUUGUACGGCAAAGGAACAAGAAUCUUCUUCUUCUUCCGGGUCAGGGAUGGUCUUUUUGCAGUUUCCUUCAAUACCAAGCAUGAAUUCCUUGAAACAAAUGCCCAGCUGCUUUUCUUCGAUUUUUGAUUUUGGAUUUGAGAAAAAUACUUCAUCCCUGCCUAUGCCUUCAAUUUCAAGUCCUGAUUGCAGUUCAUCUAAGUUAGAUAAAGAAAAAUCAGGUUUUGUGACUGAGGAUGACCUUAAAUAUUUACAUCAAUUAGUCGAAGAAAAAGAUGAAGGCCCUGCUUGGAUUCAGAUGAUGGAUAGGUCGACCCCCAAUAUGAGCUAUCAAGCUUGGAGAAGAGAUCCUGCGGGCGGACCUCCACAAUAUCGUAGCAGAAGUGUUUAUGAGGAUGCCACCCCUGAAAUGGUGAGGGAUUUCUUUUGGGAUGAUGAAUUCCGAGCGAAGUGGGAUGACAUGCUUGUACAUGCUGAAACUUUAGAAGAAUGCCCCAUCACAGGCACCAUGAUGGUUCAGUGGGUACGGAAGUUUCCUUUCUUUUGUAGUGACAGAGAAUAUAUCAUAGGGCGCAGAAUUUGGGAAUCUGAACGAACAUAUUAUUGUCUUACAAAGGGUGUUCAAUGCUCUUCUCUGCCGCGUCGCAACAAACCAAGGCGUGUUGAAGUGUAUUUUUCGAGUUGGUGCAUCCGUGCAGUUGAAUCAAAGAGAGAUGGCCAGUUGACGGCAUGUGAAGUUCUACUUUUCCAUCAUGAAGACAUGGGUAUACCUUGGGAAAUUGCAAAACUUGGCGUCAGGCAAGGUAUGUGGGGGGCUGUGAAGAAGAUCGACCCUGGUUUGCGUGCCUACCUGAAGCACAGAGUAUCUGGAGCUCCAAUUUCUCAUUUUGCUUCCAUGGCUCAGAUUAACACUAAAGUAAGUCCUAAGGCCCUUGAAUCCUUGGGCAGCACAAGCAAUUUAUCAGAGGUUGAAGCUCUUGAUUCAGCGAGUAAGCCAUCGGGAAGAAAUAUUCCGAAGGUCCUAGUUGUUGGUGGCGCCAUUGCCCUUGCUUGUAGUCUUGAUCGAGGGCUCUUGACCAAGGCUGUUAUAUUUGGAGUCGCCAGAGGGUUUGCUAAAAUUGGUAGAAUGUUUUAAUAUUGGGAACUAGUCAUUGACCAAGUGAUAUUAUCCUGGUUGGCCUGUCGGCCGAGCAAGGAGCAUGUGAGGCUUAGUCCCUGCACUUCUACUUACAAGGAAAAAAUGUAUUCUUUAAUCUUUUAUUCCAGCCUCAAGGCAGGCAGUCACUGAUCAGGAAAAUAUAAAAAUGCUGCACUGUGGCGUUCAUUGAAAAUUGGAAAUUUCAUGCUGAUUUACUUUUA